AGAUGGCGUGUUUUUGACUUUUGACGUAAACGUCAAAUUCGACAAAGAAGUUUAAAAUAAUGUUAUCCAAAUUUAUUUUGAAAGCAAUAACGUAAAAUAUUUCUAAUUCUAAAGCUGCUUGACACACUUUUAUUCAAUACAAUGGCUUGGAGGUCUCACGGAAAAACGAACGCUGAAUUGGUGCGAAAUUUAAAAGCAAACGGUAUAAUCAAAAGCGAGGUAGUAGAAAGCGCAAUGCUCUCAGUGGACAGGGGCCACUACUCGAAAGCCAGCCCUUACAUGGACGCCCCGCAAGGCAUCGGCUACGGGGUCACCAUCAGCGCCCCCCACAUGCACGCUCACGCGCUGGAGCUUCUGAAAGAGAAACUGCAAAACGGCACUAGGGCUCUAGACGUCGGAUCCGGCAGCGGAUAUCUAACCGCAUGCAUGGCCAUAAUGAUGGGAGACAAAGGCAUCGCUGUCGGUGUAGACCACUUAACGGAACUAACAGAAAUGGCUAAAAAUAACAUAAAAACGGACAACGCGAGUUUAUUAGAUUCCCAAAGAGUUCAAUUAUUUACAGCCGACGGGCGUCUGGGUUAUUCCGAAUUGGCCCCUUACGAUGCCAUCCACGUAGGCGCGGCCGCGUCCACUCUGCCCCAACAGCUAAUCGAGCAACUUAAGGUUGGAGGUAGGCUGAUUGUGCCUGUAGGUCCUUCCGGUGGAGACCAAACUCUAGAGCAAAUAGACAAGCUGCCCGAUGGCAGCGUUCAAAGGAAAUCCCUCAUGGGAGUUGUCUACGUUCCUUUAACAGAUCAUUACAAAACGCAACAAUUCCACAACCGGCUCCGCUGUUUAGUUUAUUUUUUACAUUGCAGCAUAGCGGUAGGCAUUGAUCACAUACCGGAACUGGUCGAGACGUCCGUCAAAAACAUAUCGAAAUCGAAGCAGGACCUCAUCGAAUCCGGCCGCAUCGUGCUGGUCACCGGCGACGGCAGGCUCGGCUACCCCGAUUACGCCCCCUACGACGCCAUCCACGUCGGCGCCGCGGCGCCCGUCCUGCCCGAACCUCUCGUCGAACAACUCAAGGAGGGCGGAAGAUUGGUGGUGCCGGUCGGCCCGUCGUCGGGCUUCCAGCAAAUGACGAUUGUGGAUAAACUUGCGGAUGGUAGCAUAAAGAAGAAGUACGGCAUGUCCGUUUCUUACGUUCCCUUGACCGAUAAAAAAUCGCAGUGGGUUUGAGACGAGCGGUUUCGUUUGCGAUUUGUAAAUUAUGUAUUUAAGAGGCUUGUUAUUUUGUGCAUUAAAGUAGAAAUCGAAG